AUGACGAAUAAUAAUCGUUUUUUUAACAACAUUGAUGAAGAUGAUAGAUGGUCGCCAAAAUUUGAUAAAUCCAAAGUAAAACUUAUGCAUGAUAUAACCGAACGUGAUAGACGUAUGAGAACUGAACGAGCACCAUUUCCAACUGACUUAAAUUAUCUAGAUGUCCCAGAAGGAUUUCGAUCUGAUGACGUUGAAGUAUCAUCACAUUUAUCCACUACUCAACCAUUAAAAACAAUAAUAGUAAAUUCAAAUGAAAAGUUUACUCCAAAGUCUUCACAACUAUCUGUGAUAAAAAUUUCUCGUCCACAAUCGACAGCACUAGUGAAAUCAAAACCGUCAGAUGUAAUAUCUGUUCAAACUCCAAUUGGUGGAACUAUACCCGAGAGUCUUUAUAAUGCUCCAUUAAGAGGUAUUUAG